UAGGCACUGCAUUAAAGUCCACAGGUUGAAGACCUGGCAUUUUGUCACCGUGCUGGCUGGGGACAUGUCUGGAGUAUGUAUUACAUGAUUUGCAUUCUGCCUUCUUUUCCUGAGCACUGCACCAUUCACGGUUACUAUGACUAAGGAGGCUGGCUUAUUCUAAGGCAGAUUUCCAAGGACGUUGGUGGUUGAAAUACUAAUCCACUUGUGCAGCUUGGCUAAGACUGUAAACCCUGCAGCCGGUUUGUGAAGCUGGCUCAGAGCUAGAGAUGCAGUGACUGUAUAAUGAAUUAAAUGAUGCUCUAUCUCUGUCAGACUGCGGCUAAGAUGUACAGCUGAGUGAGGAGAUGUGUAUUUGUUUGUGACACAUCUAAAGAGAGAACCUGUUAAUUCAUGUUUAAUCUGCUUGUAUCCCCUGGGAUUGCUGGAUUGGAACCUGGCUCUGUCUAGGUGAGGACAAGCUAGAGAGGGACCUGGACGAGAAGAUGCCAGCCAUUCUGGUGGCAUCCAAGAUGAAAUCGGGACUCCCCAAACCCGUGCAUAGUGCCACUCCCAUACUUCAUGUUCCUGCAAGGACAAUUCCCCAGCCUUGUUACCUUAAAUUUGGGAAUAAGGCAGACGUUCCCAAGCCUUCCUACCCCAGCCAAAUCCCCCUGAAGCCCCAUCUUGGCUAUGAAUCGGCUGAAGAUUGUCACACCAUUCAGAAGGUGGAUUCUGAUGAGAAUGACUUUGAUACCCAGAUCUACACAGACUGGGCCAACCACUACCUUUCGAAAUCUGGCCAUAAACGACUCAUUAAGGAUCUGCAGCAAGAUGUGACUGAUGGCGUCUUGCUCGCCGAUAUCAUCCAGGUUGUGGCGAAUGAGAAAAUUGAAGACAUUAAUGGAUGCCCAAAGAACAGAUCACAAAUGAUUGAAAAUAUCGACGCCUGUUUGAGUUUCUUGGCCACCAAAGGAAUUAGCAUCCAAGGCCUGUCUGCAGAGGAGAUCAGGAAUGGGAAUCUAAAGGCCAUUCUUGGCCUGUUCUUUAGCCUGUCUCGCUACAAGCAGCAACAGCAAUCACAGAAACAGCCACCGCAAUAUCACCAGCCUGCUCCAGCUCCCCAACAUACAGGGGCCACAACCCAGUGCCAGCAGCUCUACAAUACCCACACUCCUACCCAUGCCCAGCCCUGCCCGACGACCACUGCAGUCCAGUGCCAACAACCACAGCAACCUCCCCACUCACAGACAAAAGCACAACCAGAAAUGCACUCCAGCUUUUCCUCCAAAGAUUCAAGUGAUAGGAAAAUGUCCAUAUUCUCGCUGGGUGGGAGGAAAUCCUCUCGGCUGCCGGCUCCAAGCACGAGGCCGGCUGCGUCUGCUUGCGGUGAAUCCAAAUCACGAGGUCCAGCUGGCAGCAAUAGGCGCAGUCAAAGCUUUAAUAAUUAUGACAAAGCCAAACCAGUACAUCCUCCGGCAGCCACGACUGAAAAAGGUCCAGCAGAGGGCAGUAUUUCACAGCUGCCAGCAGGAAUGAAUGAGAAUGGCUGUACAGUUGGUAGUAGCAUUAACUCUUCAGCCAUACCACAACCUAACUCUACCAAUAAGCCGUGGCGGAGUAAGUCACUUAGUGCUAAGCACACAGCAACGUCUUCCAUUCUCUCUGUCAAACAGCCAGUGCCAGACAGUCCAAAACAACCACCAGAACCUCCAAAGCCUACUCUGAACAGUCAAAAAUCCAUGCUGGAAAAGUUAAAAUUGUUUAAUAGUAAAAGUGGCUCCAAGACAGCUGGGUCCACUCUGGAGGGUUCCCGGGACACGAGCUGUGAAAGGCUAGAUGCCCUUCCCAGCUUUGAAGAAGCGGAUGAAAUGGAGAACACACUUCGCAAUGCAAACAGCACAAGCCCAGCAUCCAACAGUCCCAAAAUCGCCCUAAAGGGCAUUGCCCAAAGGACGCUUGGCCGUGCUUUAACCAAUAAAAAGAGCUCUCCCAAGGGUACUGAGAAGGAAAAGCAAAAAGAGAAGGAGAAGAAUAAGGAUGUCUCCAAAAGAACAUCAGUUUGUGAAAAACCAGAUGUCAAGGAAGAGCCGAAGGAAGAACAAAGUGCAGCUACAGCGGACAUGCCAAAAAAGUCCUCCAAGAUAUCUAGCUUUAUCCCCAAAGGUGGGAAACUGAGCAACGCCAAGAAAGAGGUCUCCACCCCUUCACAGAGCGGAAUACCAAAACCAGGAGCAAAACCCACCCCUAGCAAACCUUCAAGUGCCCCGGUAUCAGCCAAGGAAGGGGAGAAACUCCGAAGCGGGAAGCAUGGAUCUGGGCUUCUCGUGCAGAAAGGCCAACUUGACAAACGACAUUCUAGUUCUUCAUCAAGCUUAGCCUCAUCUGAAGGAAAAGGCAUGGGGUGUGUAUCUACAGGGAUGCAGCCAAACGGGGGAAGCAAUAGUGUCAGCGUCCAGCUACCUCAACCACAGCAGCAGUAUAGUCACCCAAACACUGCCACUGUGGCACCGUUCAUGUACAGGUCUCAGGCAGACAAUGAAGGGAAUGUGUCGGUGGAAUCCAAUUCAGCAGGAAUACAUAUGGACUCUCCACUGUACAGUAAACCAGGACCACCCUGUCUGGAAGAGAUUGCCGGAGAAGAUCCUGAAACGCGACGAUUAAGAACUGUGAAAAACAUUGCUGAUCUUCGUCAGAACUUGGAAGAAACAAUGUCAAGUCUCCGGGGGACACAAGUCACUCACAGCACAUUGGAAACCACGUUUGACAGUAAUGUUACUACUGAAGUAAGCGGACGCAAUAUGCUUGGUUUGACGUCCAGGCCAACGCCUUUAUCAUGGAGACUUGGGCAGGCAAGCCCUCGUCUGCAGGCAGGCGAUGCCCCUUCUUUGGGCAAUGGAUACCCCCCAAGAGCCAAUGCCAGCCGCUUUAUUAACUGCGAGCCAGGACGGUACAUGUAUUCAGCGCCUUUAAGGAGACAGCUAGCGUCCAGAGGAGGCAACAUGGGCCAUGGUGAUGUCUCAGACAAGGGUGGAGAUGAAAUGGAAAUCGAGAACAUGGGCAUUGAAGCGACUGGUUACAUGAGCGACGGGGAUGUACUCGGCAAGAACAUCAGGACUGAAGAUCUGACUAGUGGUUAUAUGACAGAUGGAGGAUUGGGACUUUACACUCGAAGACUGAACAGACUACCGGAUGGGAUGGCCUCUGUACGGGAAACUCUUCAACGCAAUGAAACUGCUGGCCAAGGAGACGCAGACAGUUGGGAUGACAGUAGCUCAGUAAGCAGUGGGAUCAGCGAUACAAUCGAUAACCUGAGCACCGAUGAUAUAAACACCAGUUCUUCCAUCAGUUCAUACGCCAACACGCCUGCCUCAUCGCGCAAAAAUCUGGAUGUGCAGCCCGAUGUGGACAAACACCUUCACGGUGAUCGCAAUUCUCCGUGGUCUGGAGACCAAGUGAAACGAUCCAAUGGUGGAUUAGACAGUGGGAUAAAGAUGGAGAGCACCUGUAAGUGGAGAAAAAAUCCCUCUGAUGUGUCCGAUGAAUCUGAUAAAAGCACAUCUGGGAGGAAGAACACAGUCAUCGCACAGACUGGCUCAUGGAGGCGCGGGAUGACUGCGCAAGUUGGAAUUACCAGCCCACGGACAAAGGCAUCAGCUGCAGCAGGUGCUCUCAAAGCCCCGGGAUCAGGGAAGACAGAUGAUGUAAAGGUAUCAGAAAAAGGACGUCUGUCACCAAAAGCCACCCACAUCAAGCGCUCUCCUUCAGAUGCAGGACGCAGCAGUGGUGAUGAAUCCAAAAAGCCUCCAUCUAAUACUCAGAGAACUAUUACUACAAACACCAACACCUUUGGUUUUAAGAAGCAGGGUGGAAAUGUGGUUGGAGUUCCUAUGAUUACUGCUAGUGGGGCCACAAUCACUAGUGGCUCUGCCACCUUGGGCAAAAUGCCAAAAUCUUCAGGGCUCAUAGGCAGGUCCUCUAACCGCAAGGCCAGUGAUGAUAGUUCUCAGAACCACGAUGAUGGAUACCUCCAGCUUAGUGCCAGGAGUAACCUCCAAUACCGCAGCUUACCCAGACCCAGCAAAUCCCGGAGCGGAACCGGAAACCGCUCUAGUACCAGCAGCAUAGACUCCAAUAUAAGCAGCAAGUCUGCAGGACUUGCGGUCCCCAAACUCAGAGAGCCCUACAAACUGGGCCUCGGCACAUCUGUAUCAGGACUUCUUAACCAGACGGACAAAGAGAAAGGAAUCUCCUCGGAUAAUGAAAGUGCUGCCUCUUGUAAUUCGGUUAAAAUUAACCCGGCCUCUCAGUCUGCUGCUAAUGGGUCUCGCCAAGGGAACAAGUAUCCUGAUGUGUCGUCACCAACUCUGCGCAGACUUUUUGGCGGAAAACCAGCUAAACAAGUCCCUAUUACAACUGCUGAAAAUAUGAAAAACUCUGUAAUAAUUUCCAACCCACACGCCACCAUGACUGCACAAUCAAACCCUGAUUCUCCAUCUGGGAGCGCUGUCCUGAGCAGUGGUGGAAGCAGCCCCCUCUACGGCAAGAGUCUGGAUCUCAAUCAUUCUUCUCUGGCAUCCAGCCCAGGGUCUGCACACUCGGUUCCCUCCGGCAGCUUCACUUGGGGAACUGUGGGCAGCAGCUCAUCUGCCGUGAGUAAAGAGGAGCUAGGAUUCCAGACAGUAAGCAGCCUCCAGACCAGCUGUGAGUCGAUAGAUAUAUCACUGAGCAGUGGAAUAAGCAAUAACUCACCAAGCGCUCUAACAGCCACCCCCCGGGACGAAUCCCUCACUCCAUUCAUGAGAACCAACAGCAUUAAGACCACGCUGUCCGAAAGCCCUCUGUCUUCUCCUGCUGAAAGCCCUAAAUUCAGCAGGAAUACAUUGCCCCGGAAGCAGGACAGUGACCAGCACCUUGAUAGGAACACUUUACCUAGAAAAGGACUCAGGUGUGCUCCUUUAUCACAGAUCCGCAGCCAGGAGGAUGCCAAGGAAUGGCUGCGAUCUCAUUCCACUACUGGGCUGCAGGACUCUACAAUGAACUCGCCCUUCUCGCCCAGUUCCAGCAUCACGUCACCCUGUGGGACCCGAUUCAACUUCUCACAACUCGCAAGUCCAACUACAUCUGCACAGAUGAGUUUGUCCAACCCAACCAUGCUUCGCACGCACAGCCUCUCUAACACUGAUGGAUCUUGUGACCCGUACAGCGAUACACGCUUCCGGAACAGCUCAAUGUCAUUGGAUGAAAAGACGCGGACGAUGAGCCGCUCAGGCUCAUUCCGCGAAGGUUUUGAGGAAGUUCAUGGAUCUUCCUUAUCUCUGGUUUCCAGUACCUCGUCUGUUUAUUCAACACCUGAGGAGAAAUGCCACUCGGAGAUCCGGAAGCUAAGAAGAGAAUUGGAUGCGUCUCAGGAAAAAGUAUCCGCUUUGACGACUCAGCUCAGCGCUAACGCUCAUUUAGUGGCUGCUUUCGAACAAAGUCUAAGUAAUAUGACGAUUCGGCUGCAGAGUCUGACCAUGUCUGCUGAACAAAAGGAUUCAGAAUUGAAUGAGUUACGAAAAACAAUAGAACACCUUAAGAAGCAGAAUGCUGCAGCCCAGGCCGCCAUUAAUGGUGUAAUUAACACACCUGAACUCAGUUGCAAAGGAAACGGAACAACACAGCACCCACCUGACCUGCGGAUCCGAAGACAGCAUUCAUCUGACAGUGUGUCCAGCAUAAACAGUGGAACGAGCCAUUCCAGCGUGGGCAGUAACGUGGACAGCGAUUCUAAGAGGAAGAAGAGAAAGAACUGGCUGCGAAGUUCCUUCAAACAAGCUUUUGGCAAAAAGAAAUCUCCAAAGUCUGCCUCGUCUCAUUCUGAUAUCGAGGAGAUGACCGAUUCUUCCCUUCCCUCUUCUCCAAAGUUACCCCAUAAUGGCCCAGGGCUAUCCACCCCUCUUAUGAGAGGCUCUCUCUCUGGCUCUCUAAUCUCAGAUUGUGCAGAGAAUGAGGCGGAAAGUGUUCUGCAGCUGCGCAAUGAGCUGAGAGACAAGGAAAUGAAACUGACUGAUAUCCGCCUGGAAGCUCUGAGCUCAGCACACCAACUGGACCAACUCCGAGAGGCCAUGAACAGAAUGCAGAGUGAAAUUGAGAAACUCAAAGCAGAGAACGAUCGAUUGAAGGCAGAAAACUCAGGAAAGUCGCAAAUUUCCAUUUCAUCUUCCCCAAGACAAUCCGUGGUCCAACCCCAGCACAGCGUCAGUCUGACAGAAUCUUCCAGUCUGGACAUGCUUCUGGAAGAUGCCUCUGAUGGGACGUUAAGAAAGGAGAGCAGACAUGUCAAGAUUGUGGUCAGCUUCUUAGAGGAAAUGAAAUGGAGGGAGAUGAGUGACUGCCGCCAGCGCAUGUUCCUUAUCGGUUGCAUUGGCGUCGGGGGCAAAACCAAGUGGGAUGUUUUGGAUGGAGUUGUGAGAAGAUUGUUCAAGGAAUACAUCAUGCACAUUGAUCCUGUGUCACAGCUGGGUUUGAACUCUGACAGCGUUAUCGGUUAUAGUAUCGGUGAAAUAAAACGUGCACACAGUGCCGAGACGCCAGAGCUACUUCCUUGCGGCUAUCUGGUGGGAGAAAAUAACACAAUCUCUGUAUCAAUGAAAGGAAUCUCUGAAAACAGCCUGGACUGCCUGGUGUUUGAGACGCUGAUUCCACGGCCAAUCUUACAGAGAUACGUCUCUCUUUUGGCGGAGCACAGGAGGAUUAUUCUGUCCGGUCCAAGCGGGACUGGAAAAACAUACCUCGCAAACCGGCUUUCUGAAUAUAUGGUGCUGCGUGAGGGUCGGGAACUCACUGAUGGAGUUAUUGCUACAUUUAAUGUAGACCAUAAAUCCAGCAAGGAGCUACGGCAGUAUCUCUCGAACCUCGCCGAUCAAUGUAACCGUAAGAAUAAUGCUGCUGACAUGCCUCUCGUCAUCAUCCUGGACAACCUGCAUCAUGUCGGCUCCCUGGGAGAGAUCUUCAAUGGCCUUCUACACUGCAAAUAUCACAAAUGUCCGUACAUUAUUGGUACCAUGAACCAGGCGACAUCAUCCACGCCAAACCUCCAGCUCCACCAUAACUUCAGAUGGGUGCUGUGCGCAAAUCACACAGAGCCAGUAAAGGGGUUCCUUGGGCGAUUCCUCAGGCGAAAACUAAUUGAAACCGAAAUUAGCUGUCGUACAAGAAAUGCCGAACUGGUUAAAAUCAUAGACUGGAUACCCAAGGUUUGGCAACAUCUCAACCGGUUUCUGGAGACGCACAGCUCCUCGGAUGUGACCAUUGGGCCUCGUCUCUUCCUCUCCUGCCCAAUAGAUGUAGAUGGGUCACGAGUCUGGUUUACAGAUUUGUGGAAUUAUUCGAUAAUACCAUAUCUCCUGGAGGCCGUCAGGGAAGGUCUGCAGUUAUAUGGCAGACGUGCACCAUGGGAGGAUCCGGCCAAGUGGGUCAUGGGCACAUAUCCUUGGUCAGCCGUUCCACAACACCAUGAAUGGCCACCGCUCCUCCAGCUUCGCCCAGAAGAUGUUGGUUUUGAUGGAUAUUCGAUGCCAAGAGAAGGAACAUCCAGUAAACUCGUUCCAUCCACUGACGUGGAAGGUGAUCCUCUGAUGAAUAUGCUGAUGAGGCUCCAGGAAGCUGCAAACUAUUCCAGCCCCCAAAGUUAUGACAGCGAUUCGAACAGUAACAGCCAUCAGGAUGAUAUCCUGGACUCCUCCCUUGAGUCAACGCUGUGACCACGCACUGAUUGCCAAUAACGGCUUCCUUUUUUUUACACUCUAGGAUAUUCAGAUUGACUUAUAAACCCUUCGUGAUGAAAGGAUCUGGUAUCCAAGCCCUGUUUCGGGGUCUCCCGGACACUUUAGACUGUAAUGAUCUGGGCGCUGGUCGCCCUGAGAACAAUCCUGUUGUUGUUUUUUUUUUGUUUGACGAUGUGUCACAUUAUGCACUGUAUCACUUCCUCAUGUCUAGUUACUGUGGACUCUCACGCCGCAAACACUGAAAAUGUUUUAAAUCUGUAUAUUGUAAGAAAAUAAGCAGAAUUGUGCAUUCGGUUCAAAAGUAUAGGACCGGAUCCACAUGCCUAUGCUGCUUUUAGCCAAACACACCUGGGCUGCAAGGCAUGAUGUAACCUCACGGCAGGGAGCUGCUGGCCUUGUGUGGUGCUGGGAGUGGAAUGUAUUGUGCUGUGACUUGCAAGGUGUCUAUUCACACUCCCAUUUGCUCUCCUCCUGGCCCUACAAUCAAUUCAAGCUAACACAGCUUGCUUUGUUACCCUUUAACAUGCACGGUUUAUUUAUUUUUAUAAACUAAAUACCAAAAACUGUUCUUUAAUAUAUACCACUAAUCUAUUAGCCUUCUGUUGCCCAAAUCCAAUUUUCACCUUUAUCAUAAUUGGAAAAGUUAUUUCAUACACGUUUAUUGUGUAUUGCCAGCAAUAUCUGUACUUUACCUACAGGUUAUCAUUGUGUUCCUGCUCAGUAGACUGUGCAAAAGAUCACAAGUAACAUAACUCUACUGAGGCAUCUGCGCAAAUAAAUGCAUACAUGCAUUUUUAAAAGUUGCUGUUUCCUUUCCAGCAUUGUCUCUAUGCACAAUCACUAAAAUCAGCAUUUCUUGGACAAUGUGAGAGCUGUGACUUAAUAUGUGUCUUAUUACUUAACUCCUUAAGCUCAUGGACCAGCACAUGUUGGGGGAACAGUCACCUCAUCUGAUGCGGUUUGUAUGUUGGCGUUCUUCAUGCAUUGUUAAUAUAUAAUAUAUAAGUUCUGCGUACAGACAUUAUCUGCUGACUACCUGUCAGGUGAAAAGAGACCUAAUCCCAUUUAUGCAGACUCCCAUAACCACGGCAUGCUCUACCUCAUCACUUGCCAUUCCCUGCCUCAUCAGCUGACACUGUCCUAACCAUGUUUUACCAGUCCAGGUCAUGUCCAUAUCUAUCACCCCGUGUGGACUCUCUAAACCAUCACUCCAAUGCGGACUCUCCAAGCCAUCCAAUCAGCUCCUCAUUACCCAGUGCGGCCAUGCCUUGCCCUGUCAUCCUUUUUGGAACCCCCUCCACCCAGUGCAGCCAUGCCUUGCCCUGUCGCCCCUUAUGUACUCCCCUAUCACCCACUUGGGCUAUGCCUUGCACUGUCAUUCCGUUUGGACUCCCCAUUAUCCAGUGCGGCCAGGCCAUGCCCUGUUACCAUUUAUGGACUCCCCAUCACCCACUUUGACCAGGUCUUGCCCUGUCAUCCCAUAUUCCCCAUCACCCAGUGUGUUAUCCUGUAUGGACUCCCCAUCGUCCAAUGUGGACGUGCCUUGCUCGGUUAUCCCGUAUGGACUCUCCAUCAAACAAUGUGACCAUACCAUGCCCUGUCAUCCCUUAUGGACUCUCCAUCCCCGUUAUCCGGUGCAGAUUUUCCAAGCCAUGCCCUUCACGUUGUGCUGCAUUUUGUGCUGACAUUUCCCACAGGGCUAGAACUAAUACCUGAUUGAUAUGAAUGUUUUAUUUACUGUUAUCUUCAAGCCAAGGUGAGGAAUCGGGCUUCAUUCCUCUCCAUCAGCUGCUGAUUUCACUGGAUCAUAUCUGUACAGAGGAAGAUGCCAACAUUGUCCUCCUCUCUGUGUACUUUUUUAUAGAGUGAGAGUACAGAUUUUUUUUUUUUUUUAACAAUAAUUUUUAAUACUGAGUAGGACGGGAUUUAGCUCUGAUGUUGAUAUUGAUACAUACCUCAAUGUUCCGUCUGAUUGCAAUGACUGUACUCAGUGAUUAAGCAAACACUGGGAUGGUGGCUAAUAGGGACCGUUUACAGAUCGCUGCAUAGUCUGAUGACAAACUUCAGAGUAUUUGAUAACAGAAAUAGUCCCAAGGGCGAGCGCAGCACAAAAAGCGCUGACUGGGCUAGUAACAGCCAUAAUGAAUCUAGUUAUUAAUCACUACUGGCAUCAGUCAGAUCUGGCUGUGCAGUAACAGCAUCUGGUGACAAUAUGGCGUGUUGUUUUUCAACAAUAAGCUGAUGUGUCCUCCUCCCGCACUGUGAAUAUGGCAAAAUAUCUAUAUAAAAAUGUUCUACAUGAAAAAUAUCAGGUUAUUGUAUAGCAACUCCAAGAGAUAUCACAUCAAAAAAGUUGGAAGGUAAGCUCAGUGAACAGAUUUAGCUGCCAUUUUGUAUGGGUGCUGUAUAACAUCAUGGCUGCCGUACAUGCUCUCAUCUCCUUUAUCUUUGGAUGUCUGGUCCCUCCAGGCAGUCUUGGGGUGCUAUGGUAGACGGUGUGCCUUAACGAUGGCUCCACUCUCCCAUCCGUGAUGUGUAAAUUGUCUGAGCGCUGUUGUACACAAUCAAAACAAAUUGCACAAAAAAGCUAAUUAAGGCGGUUAAUUAAACGACAAACCUAAUUUAAAAAAAAAAAAAGGUGUGAAAAAACUCUGAAUUAGUGAGAGAAAUGCAAAGAUGUAGCUUACACGUUGUAUUCCCUUUUUAAUUUCUCUCAAUAUGACUUUUUCCUUUAAAGUAAAAUAUUGGUCAAUAUGCAAAAUUUCAUGAUUUGCCCAAUUUAAUGUUGUAAAUCGUGCUCGUAAUCAGAGCUUUACAAAGUGUCAAGAGAGAUUUACUGCCCUGUAAACUCUUCCAGCUGCCUUUUUAUAAUAAACCGAAGCCUUCGUAUUGCAAUUAUUAUCCAGAUUCUAUGCAACGCCCAUCGUGGAGGCCAGACGAGGCAUUAAGGAGACAAUUCAAAAAUCCAUCCGUUUUGGCCAGAUCUUGCCCACUCUCCCACACGGUUCCGUACACUCAUGAUUUAUGGUGUAAAUGGUUUUAAAUCUGUUUAUAUUUUCCCUGUGACGAUCAGACAGAAGAAUCCUGAUGAUAACCAUCAGGUCAUUUUAUUACGAGAUGUACAUUUUCUCAUUGUAACAUAGAAAUGUAAAUAUUUGAUUGAACUGCUGCAUUUUGAUGACAUUUUCUAGUCCUUUUUUAAAACAAAAAAAUUAGGAGCUGAGUAUUUUGUGUAAAGGUGCAUUUUCACCUCCUUAAUUCCUGGUUUAAUUUUUUUUUUUUUGUUAUGAAUUUUGCAUGGUCAGAUCAGAUCAUGCUUAGUGUGAAGAUUAAAAAGCUAUGAUUGUAACAGUCUUAAAUUAUUACUGAUUAAAUAAAUUCCAUGCUUAUUUA